AUGCAAUAAAUAAGAUCAAAAUAAAAUGAGGACAAAAGGAAAAUAAUUGACCAAGCCGCUGCAUUGCCUUCAGAAGAGCAGCUGCACUGGGUAUAAAUAUGCCUAAAAUGCAUAUAAUAUAUGGUCUAACCGAAAUUUCACCCUUUUGAGUUUUCUGGAAAAAAUCCAGCCAAUCUAAGGAUCAGCUUUCUAAUUUAGAACCACCUUGUGUCAGAUGCUUGAUAUUUUCUGAGAGGAAUCAAAAUAUAGGAGGCAAGCCUGUCCCUGAUCCUGUGAUAUAAUGAAACAUUAGGAGGGAAGAGCCAAAAAUACUGCUUCAAGUUUACUUCCAUCGGGUAGGUCUACUUGCUCCAACAAUUUCGUCAUUCUGCUCAUCGACCUAGAUGUUUCUAUAGGUCUGGAGCCUCAAAGCAUCUAUCCAUCAACUUCACCAUUUAAUCCUUACCAUAAAAAUGCAAGCAAUAGGAAAUCUGAUACCCAUUACUCUAACAAUGCUUUUUUGCUCCAAUUUGUUUUAAAAUUAUUUCAUGAUUUUUUUAAUUUAAAAAACCUUCAGUCUCAAUAAUUUAAUAGAAAUUGAUAAUUUUCUGCACAGUGUAGCUUGAUUUUUAAUAAAAAAUAAUCAAUAAUUGUAUAUGAAUAAAAAUGGUGAGACAGACUGCCCUACCUCCUGACCGUUUUUCAUCAACACCAGCAGACAUCUGCCUAACGAUAAGCUGGGAGUUUCGACCAAUGUGAUAUGCCCAUAAUCCCAAGAGUCAUGGAAGUCAAGAUGGGCUGUGCGAAUCCCUUGCCUGUAGCGGCGAGGAAGGGAGUCUGCCGGAAUCCUUGGGGGGCGGAACAUGUAGGGAUAGAAAUCCCCAAUCCUGUCUAGGGUGAAACUGCUUGCUUAAUUUAAUUUAAUCAAUAAUUAUAUACAAAAAUAUUUAAAUCAAAGUUUAUACAUAAAAUUUUGAAGGGUUAAUUUUCAAUUAUAUCUUUUAGCUCUUUCUCAAUAACGAGUCAGCGAGAUUGGCUUAAAGUCGCCAACGAUUGAAAAUGCCAAGCGUUAUUAUAGAUAUUUUAGAAGGCAAAUAGAACCGUACUUCUUUAAAAUUUGUAACCGCGUAGUGUCCACUACGGAGUUAGCAAGCCCAGGCCUUCAACGCACUCUUCCACAGUCCACAGGCCUCUAGCCUGGGACGUAAAGCCGAGUUUCACCCUAGGGAGUUGCCGGAUAGGCCGAAAAGGCAUUGCUGGGCUUCCCCAUUUCUAAAUGCCAUGCCCUUCCUUCCCCACGAGGUAAAAUCCACCCUAGACUUCGAACUUGGUCUCAUCUCUUCCUCCUGCAGAAUUGCUUACCUAACAUUGCUGUCAAUUUCAGAAUGGCAAAACCUUGCCAGCUAUAAUUAAAAUUUUAGCUCGAAGCUGCAUGGCCUUCUGGCCAUGCUCUAGCUGAAACACCAUAUUUAAUUAUGGCAAAUAGAGCCACUCCCACAAAAUAAGCUGAGUUUGUUAACUGUCCUGCUAGCUGCAUUAGAAACAAUAAACAGAAAUUACCCCGACAUGAAAAAUGAUAUUCAAAAAUUAUUCAGUCAAGACCAAGCCGCUAUAGUAAAGCUCUAUUCAAUUUGGGCUCCCCAUCAAGAUGAAAUUAAUUACGCUCCUCCUAUUUCUGAUCUUAUUUUUUUGUAUGAGAUCUUGGACAAGCUGCUUAACAUUGAUGAUGAUUUAGGAAAUCUCCUAAUGGCUUUACAAAUAGGGAUGAUCGAAUUCCGUCUAGUAGAAUAUGAAUUAAAACCUAAAAUUGUGACAAAUUAUCAGAAUUUCAUCACUAUUUUAAGUUUUAAUAAAUAUUUUUGGAUAUUAUAUCCAGAAAGAAACACUCAGAUUGGUAGAGAAAUCAUAAGAAACUUGUGUGCUCAAAACAAUUCGUCUAUAGUUAUUGGGUGUGGGCACAAAUUUAAUGCGGAUCCACAAACGCUUGAUAUGAUCUUACCCUCUUCGUAAGCAAAAUAUAUUUUUGCUUGCUCACAAAUGUAUAUUAAAAUGAUCCCAAUACACCACCCCUUAACUCUUCUGUCUAGGACCUUGAUAAAGAUUUUAUAUUAAACAAAUUUUUUUGCUGACUCACAUUAAUAAGGAUUUUCCUCACACAUAGAAGAGGAGUUAAGGUCUUGCAAAUGCCUUGCAGAUAAUUGUAAUCAUCAGCUAUAUGAAAUUGAGAAAAGUAUGAUUAGAAGGCUUUUGGGAAGAUUUUAG